GAGAGGCUGUUUUUCUCCCCCUGAAAAUAGUUUUCAAAGGACGAAAGCCUUCAUCAGGUCAAGGGUUAAAAUGGUCCAAAAUCAAAGCUCACAGGUAACAAUGAACCUAAUGAACCCUCGGACUGGACCAAAAAAACAUCAACCCAAACCUCAGGAGAGGGACCAGUGGGCUAAUAAGAUGGAGUUCAUCCUGGCAGCAGCUGGACACAUUGUUGGUCUGGGAAAUGUCUGGAGGUUUCCAUAUCUUUGUUACAAAAACGGAGGAGGGGCUUUCUUCAUUCCUUACAUUCUGUUCUUGAUCACCUGUGGAAUACCACUCUUCUUCCUGGAGACAUCUCUGGGCCAGUACACCAGUCAUGGUGGAAUAACCUGCUGGAAAAAAAUCUGCCCUCUUUUUGAAGGUUUAGGCUAUGGGUGCCAAGUGGUUGCUUUGUACACCGGGGUGUAUUACAUCAUCAUACUGGCUUGGGCAUUUCUCUACCUGUUUUCAUCCUUCAAGUCUGAGCUGCCAUGGGCGAGCUGUGACAACAGCUGGAACACAGCUGGCUGUUUGGACCACAGUCACAAUCAAACGUCCUCCUUUGGGAAUGGUACAUCGUCGGUUGUAGAAUUUUGGGAGAGGAGAAUCUUGGGCCUGUCCAGUGGAAUUGAUAACAUUGGAAAUAUUCGUUGGGACUUGGCCGGUUGUCUACUUCUUGCCUGGACACUCUGUUAUUUCUGUGUCUGGAAUGGAGUGAAGUCCACAGGAAAGGUGGUUUACCUCACCGCCACAUUUCCUUAUGUAAUGCUGGUGGUGUUGCUUGUUCGUGGUCUCAUGUUGCCAGGGGCUAGAGAAGGAAUUAUCUUCUACCUCUACCCAGAUCUAUCCCGCCUCACUGAUCCAGAGGUAUGGAUCGAUGCUGGCAGCCAAAUUUUCUACUCCUAUGGAGUUUGUACAGGCGUUCUGACAUCUUUGGGAAGUUACAACAAGUACAGCAACAACUGCUACAAAGAUUGUGUUUACCUGUGCCUGUUGAACAGCCUCACCAGCUUUGUAGCUGGAUUUGCUAUCUUUUCUGUGCUUGGAUUCAUGGCGAAUGAGCAAGGUGUAGAUAUAUCCAUGGUGGCCGAAUCAGGUCCAGGUCUGGCAUUUAUUGCCUAUCCCCGAGCUGUGGCUAUGAUGCCGCUGCCUCAGCUCUGGGCUGUUGCCUUCUUCGUUAUGAUCAUCUUCCUCGGAUUAGACAGUGAGUUUGUUUAUCAAGAGUCACUGGUCACAACCAUCUCUGACAUGUAUCCCUCAAUAUUUCGAAACAACUGUCGAAGGAAACUUCUUCUUCUUGCCAUUAAUGUUGCAAAUUUCCUUGUUGGCCUUCUGAUGGUUACAGAGGGAGGCCUUUAUAUUUUCCAGCUGUUUGACCACUAUGCUGCCAGUGGGAUGACGCUCCUGUUUUUUGCGAUUAUUGAAUCUGUCUGUAUUGGAUGGGUCUAUGGUGCAGAUCGUCAGUAUGAUCAUAUAAAGGACAUGAUUGGAUAUCAACCGUGGCCUUUUAUGAAAUAUUGUUGGCAGUACUUCACAUCAGCUAUCUGUACUUUGACAUUACUCUUCACUGUGGUCAAAUACACUCCACUGAAAUUUAACAACACUUAUGAAUACCCCUGGUGGGGCUACGCCAUUGGAGGAUGUCUUGCUCUCUCAUCAACACUGAUGGUUCCUCUGUGGAUGCUGUACGCUGUGAGUGUCACUCCAGGAACACUGACACAGAGACUGAAGGUUCUGUGCACUCCAGCAAAGGACCUACCCACUGCAGCUCUUAAGGAAGCAUCGAAUCGUGAGGCAUUCCAGACUUUCACAGCCUUGUGCACACUCCGCAACCCCUGACAACAGAGACUGAAGCACUCAGAGAACAGCUAUUAUUCAAACUGCAAGAGAGAGAAAAAAGGCCUGUAAUGAAAAGAACAAUUUCUCUUGUGCGUUGCAGCUGGCAAGCCUUUGGAAAUCACACUGUAAAGAGUUUCAUUCAAACAGUGCUGGAGUAUUGGAGGAUAAAACAAGAAGUCUGGGAGAAGGCGAAAAGUUUUCAAAGGAAGUUUUCUACAAAGAUUUAUUCUUUAUGUUUUUCCUAACUUGUGUUAUACACAGUACAUUAUGUCUUAUGUAUGCUGGUUGGCAGUAUAUAAAACAAUGCCUUUCUAAAA